AAUUUAGUUGGUACAAGUAGCUACUUGCAUAGAUAGAUGUUCAUUCUAUAUGGUUUUAAAAAUUCCCAAUACAGUAGGUAUAGUUAGGUAGGUAGGCUCGACCAAACAAAAACAAGACGUAGUUUACCCCCCGGCCUAAACACGCGUACCUUACCCACCCCCUCAUCGAACAGCACGAUUCAUGGUGUUUCCAAUACCCAUACCCAUACCCACGGUGGGGACGUGGUGAAUGGACACGUGUAGGCUGGGCCUAGGCCCCGGGCCCUCUCCGUCCGACCCCGGCCUGCGCCGCUCCGCGCAUGCCUCACCCUCCGCGCACCCCGUCCGCGCAGCCCGCCAUACAUCGCCAACCGUAUUUCAGCCGCGACCAACUAAUAAAACGCUAUGAAAAUCCACUAUCACACCAAAAAACAGGUAACUAUCCCUAUAUAAUUCAAUGUGAAAUCCUUUUCAAUCCGUUUCGUUGUCAAAAACUCGGUUUUAAGUGCGAUGGUGUGAGAGCUCGGUUAAAAAUAAGUUAAGAAAUACGAUACUGGGGUAUGGGUUAGGCAGAAUGGCGGGGGUUGAGUGAGGCGCCCUACGGGGGCGCACCCUUUUGUUCGUCACCUAGCCGCAGACCGUCGCAUAAGCUGAAACGACCCUAAAAGUGGAUAACCGUCUAUCGCGGAAGUUCCUUAGAAUUAAACAUGGUCUUGAGUGAUUCAGAACACCAAAAAUCCGCGAUGAAAACUCAUUACGUGCUACCGAUGUAUGCAACGAUACAUGCACCAUGUUGGAGAAAAGAUGAAGUUUUUACAAAGUUACCUAAAACAUACUUAUAUACAUACCUUAUUCUUAAUUUGUGUAAUUCGUGGAUAGUGUUGUUGUUUACAUAUUUAUUAACCCCUUUGCAUGGUAAUUUAAGCCUUUAAUAUGUAAAUGUUUUCUGUCCUAAAUAAAUAAAAAUAAAUAAAAAUAAAAAAUAAAAAUACUUAUUCGAAAAGGAUGAGAAAGCACUACCUCCCCAAAUAAAGAAGAUUCAUCGAGACAUCAAGAUGACUCGAAAAAUGAAUGAUGUUGGAAAAUUGUUGUACUUAAAUAGCCAAAUAGAUCUAAGUCGCGAUGAACUUCGCACCUUUCACGGGACACAUCCCGACGGCGACAGCGAUACCGACCAUUCACCAAUUCGCCGCCAAAUUCGGAUAUGAAGGCAGUGGCACAGGCAGCGUGGUCCAAGAAACCAGAUACCAAGCGUCCGGCAGCGGGGUCCAGUUCGCAGUGGCGCCGGCGACUGGGGUGACGGUGGACGGGGUGAAGUUCCGGCAGGCGGAGAGCGUGGUGGUCGUCAGCAAUGCUCAGCCGGGGACGGUGACUUUGGCUGGGAUUGCGCCAAUUCAUACUGUGAACGCAGGAGUAAAGUACCAAAGUAUAACAGCGACCUCUUCCACGGUGAACGUGGGCAACAUCGCGUACGGCGGCGCGGGGCAGGUGGGGUAUGUGCAGGAGACGGUGCUGAAGGGCGAGCAGCGGGACAAGCGCGAGUACCGGGAGGAGCUGCACCAUGACCUCAUGGCCUCCAUGAUGCAGCAACAUCAGGUAACGCAAGCGCCUCUCCAGCAAGGCACGCAGCAGCUACUGGUAGUGUUACACGAGCCGAAGGAGGGCGCGGCACUAGCGAGGGCCAUCAAACAGGAGGGCCGCAUACAGAGGGACGGGACCAGCGUGCCAGCUGAAUUUAUUAGUAUCGGUGACGUCACGGACAGUUCAACAUGGCAGACGCUGGGCGGCGGCGUGGCGGACUACCUGUCAGCGCUGCCGCUGCCGCUGCACCACCUGCUGAAGUACUCCAGCUCAGCUGUCGACGGGAAGCGCGACGAGCCCACCAUCGUCACCGUCGCCACCAACUCUUUGCCACCCAUGUCUACUCUUACUUCGGUACCCACAAAUGUAGUGAACAGCGUGGUGGUACAAACUGCGACCAUCGUGAACCCCGUCUCCAACAACGUCAUCAACACGAACAUCAACGCCAACACCAUCGCUAUGGCCAAGAAGAAAAAGAAGAAGAAAGUACUCAAAGAGAAGAAACCGAGGCCUAAGCCAGGGGAGAUCAGACUCACGACAGCAUUAGAUGGAAGCACGCUGUACUGCUGUCCAGAGUGCCACAUGGCGUAUCCGGAGCGAGGCUUGCUCGAUCAACAUCUUGUGGGACACACUAUGGAGAGAAGAUUCAUCUGCGACAUCUGCAACGCAGCGCUGAAGCGCAAAGACCACCUGACGCGCCACAAGCAGUCGCACAACCCGGAGCGGCCGCACGUCUGCUCCGUGUGCCUCAAGGCGUUUAAACGCAAAGAGCAACUGACCUUGCACUUCAUCAUCCACUCCGGCGAAAAGCGCCACGUAUGCAACGAGUGUGGGAAAGGUUUCUACCGCAAGGAUCAUUUGAGGAAGCACACACGAUCGCACAUCGCGCGGCGUGUCAAGGCUGAAAUGUCACAACAGUCCAACACCCCACCUCUUUCACAGCAAUCUGUACCGGCGCCAGCGCUCGAGCCAUCUUGACCCAACGACGAGAAGAACGACUUGCUGACUCUCAUCGCCGCCACUAAAGACGCUUUUUGACAUUAGGCCUUUUAACAACAUAUUGUUUUACAAAGCCUUUGAAUGCAUACAUCAAUGUCGUAGGUAUGUUGGGAGGUUUCGCGACCUUCUCCAUUUUCUUGUUAUGCCAAAUAUUUGUACAUGAAAAGAUCAGAAGUGGGAUGCGGUACUAUAGUUUACAUAAUUCUCCUCAUUUACAUAUUUCACGCACACAGGUGCAGGAAAUGGCGGGUAAGACAACAAUGACACGCACACACAUGUAAAAUAAAAUACUAAAAUAAUAAUUUUGUAGCUUCCACUCCAAAUAUAUAUUUUAGACAAGUAUAGUGAGAAUGUAAAUUGUUCUUUUGAAUAUUUUUAAAUAUUUAUUUUAAGACAAUCUUAAAUAAUAAUUAUUUAGAAUGUAUUUUAUACUUUCCAGUCUUUAUAAUUAGACAAGUAUUUUGCAAUAAUUUACUGCUGAUAUCUAUAAAAUUUUCUACUGUUAAGUAAACUUUUUUAGUAGAAUAUAAUUAAAUAGAUACUUAGAGUAAAAUUCUUUUCUUCCAUAAAAUCAGACAAUUUUUACAGCAAUAAACGGCUAAAAUCUUCAUAGUUUUACCAAACUUUUUUCAUAUGCCUAGCAAAUAUGCUUAGCAGUAAAAAUUCCAUUUACAGUGCUGGCAAUGAAAUUGAAGACACUUUUAUUGCAAGUAAAAAUUGUCAGUUUAGAAAAAAUAACGAAAUUCGUUUGUAAAUAAUAAAUAUCUAGGCAUCGUUGACAAGAAUACAUUAGAUUAGGUACUUCAUUAAAACUUUAAAUUGUGAUAAUGUUAAAUGUUCUUUAAAAAUAGUUUUGAUGGUUUUUGAAAUUCAGUGUUUUCUGUGAUGAAAUUUUUGUAAGAUUUAUUAUUGUAGACUUUAAUUAUGAGCUUUACGUGUUAUAUAGAGUUUUAGAAAAUAUUAUUUAUUAAAUUCUUAAAUAAUAUUUAAUUAUUAUAUUUUGUUUCCAUUCUAUUAGGAAAUUGCAAUCAAGUACAAAUGUUAAAAGUACUUUUGUUUAUACACAAAAUUAUUUUAGGGAAAACUUAAAUCACAAUGCAAUUGUGUAAUUUGUUGUUAAAUUUUAUUGGUAGGAUACUGUAGAUUGUUUUAAAGUUAAGAGAUAAGAAACAAAGAGAUUAGUGUGUAAUAAAUGAAAAAUCAAGAAUUUGUGUGAAAAAUAGAAAGAAAAGCUUUGUCGUUUUUAAAGACGGACAUUUUAACUAUGAUCCUCAAAAAAGUUUUGAAGAGAGUUUAGGCUGCAUCUAAAAUUUCGCUUACUUACGUGAUUUUUCAUUGAAAGAUGAAUUGAGAAAACUAUGGAUACUGACGAAAAACGACAGAACUUUAUCUUCUAUUUCAAUUCUAAUGGAAACAUUGUCUUCUAUUUAAAUUUUAAUAUAUUCCGGAUUUUUAGUGUCUUAUGUUGUACAGUAAAUUUAUAUUGGUUUUUUCUGCAAACACUCAACAUUGCCACAAAAAUAAGACAAAAUAAGAGAUUUUUCAGUAUAUUAUAUUGAAUUAUUCACUUUGCAAUAUUACACUAGUACCUACCUAAUGUGGUAUCAAAAGUUUGUUACAUUCAGAAUUUAGAUAAUUUUUAACAAUAUACUACUAAGUACUUCAACCUGUAAGCAUUUUGUCAUUGUGAAAUCGUGGUCUGUUUUUAUUGAUCCAAUAUUUACGUCAUUAGGUGAUGUUGAAAUAUAAUAAUGGUAAUAUGGUUUGUCGUCGACCAACUCUGCACUUUCCAGUGCGAGGUCGCCAUUCCAGAACCUUGGGACCCCCAACUUCUUCUUCGAACUAUAUGGCCUAUUGCCAUAUAGUUCAGCUUCACGACUCGCUGAGCUAUGCCAGUGAAUUUGGUUCUUCUACGAAGCUCCUCAUUUCUGAUUCGAUCAUGCAGAGAGACUCCAAGCACAAUUCGCUCCAUCGUCCACCGAGUGACCCUAAGUCUAUGAGGCCCAUAGUUAGCGACCAAGUCUCUAAUCCGUUAGUCAUCUUAAUCUAAGCCCUCAGUUAUUACAUUUUAAGUUAUGUAUAUUUUAAGCAAUGAUUUAAAGAAUUCAUAUCCAUAAAAUACUUCUGAAAAUCUAUUUUUGAUCAACGAAUUAUUUGGAUCAAUGAAAAUCUACUGUUCAUCAAUGAUCGAUUGAUUUAUCCAGUAAUACAUUAAAAUAUUGUAUUUUCAAGUAAAACACUACAAAACCAUGUUGUUAAAAAUACAAAUUGAUUAUCAGUCAAUUUAAUCAUUUGAUCAAUGAUGACUGCAAAAAGAUGGUAAUGUUUAUUAGUAUAAAGGGAUUUCAGUGAUGUACUGUAUAGAUGUUCUAUUUUAUGAUUAUGGUUUUACUUUGGUACUAGUAAAGUAUACAUACAUACGUUGGUGUUUGAAAUUGAAGCAGUGUCAGCAAUCCAGAAACAUAUAAAACUUUCAUCUGCUGAGUGGUUGCUAAACAAGUUAAAAUUUCCAAGUCAUCAUCUAGCCAUACUUUACAUAAUUUAAAAAUACUUUUCUGUUGUGUUGACGCUCCUUUAGUUUACACGCAAGCGCUCUUGUCCGCAAAAAACUCAUCAUAAAAUUAAACAUCUAAUAAUAGUAGGGGAACCGACGAAGGGAUUUUUGCAGUUACUCGAGCGCGGCAAAUAAACAUAAAGGACCUUGCAUGUUGUUGAGUACCUCCACUAAGUAUGAGCCCUUAAUAUUGGUAGAUAUGUUUAGGGCAAACAAAAAAAACCAAGUCCAGAAAUACUUAACCAGCACGUCAGAUAAGGAUAUAGUAAGUUAGUUAAUUACUAAAAGGUGUGCAUUUCGAAAAUCUAAAGACUUGAGCUCAUUUAAUGGAAUGGGAGGGUCCCAAAGUUACAAAAUAAAAUCCUUAUAUUAUUAUUAGUUCUCGAGUUACGAGCGCGAUUAAUUUUUUACUCAUUUUGUAGAAAAUAAUUUCAUAGUUAAUGGCUAAAAUUUUUUGACAAUUUCAGUAAGUCAAAGUAAUAGAAAUUGCUUUUAAAGUUUGUAGUUUUUUUUCCAUCGCUAAAAGCAAAAAAAGUAAAUAACCAUUUAUUCUUCUUAUCUAAUCUACCAAAUGCAAUCGGUCCCCAUGACGCUUUAGUAACUGCAAAUUUACCAUCCCGGGCUCCCCUACUAUAACCCCAAUACUCAUGUAAUGUAAGAAUUAUUUUGUAUUGCAAUAAACAUAGGUGCUUCCUUACAUUAAGCUUUCUUAUC